AUGUCGUUAACGAACUGUCGGUUCUACGAGGAGAAGUAUCCCGAAGUGGAUAGCUUUGUUAUGGUCAAUGUCAAACAAAUUGCCGAAAUGGGUGCCUACGUGAAAUUGCUGGAAUACGAUAACAUCGAUGGCAUGAUUCUGCUGUCCGAACUUUCGCGGAGACGUAUUCGAAGCAUUCAGAAGCUCAUUCGAAUCGGCCGAAAUGAGGUUGUCGUCGUGCUUCGUGUGGAUAAAGAAAAGGGUUAUAUCGAUCUUUCGAAGCGACGAGUGUCGGCCGAAGAUGUUGUCAAGUGCGAGGAACGUUACAACAAGAGCAAAUUGGUGCAUUCGAUUAUGCGCCACGUCGCAGAAAAGACAAAGACCCCUAUUGAGGAACUAUACCAGACCAUUGGGUGGCCCCUGAACCGCAACUUCGGCCACUCAUACGAUGCUUUCAAGCUAUCUAUCACCAACCCAGAUGUGUGGAACGACGUUGCGUUCCCCAAUCAGCUGGUCAAGGAGGAACUGCAAAUGUAUAUCAGCAAGAAGCUUACCCCUGCUCCUACAAAAGUCCGUGCCGAUGUCGACGUCACUUGCUUUGGUUACGACGGAAUCGAUGCGGUUAAAGAUGCCCUUCGCGCAGCUGAAGAAAAGAACACCCCAGAUACUCAGAUCAAGGUCAAACUGGUGUCUCCUCCACUCUACGUUUUGACCUGCCAAACACUAGACAAGAACCUUGGUAUCAAAUUAUUGGAGGAAGCCAUUCAAAACAUUGAGGCGAAGAUCAAGGCGUCCGGCGGUGGACUAACUGUUAGAAUGGCUCCAAAGGCGGUUACAGAACACGAUGAUGCCAAACUACAAGAGCUGAUGGACAAGCGUGAGCGUGAAAAUAUGGAAGUUAGCGGUGAUGAGAGCCAGUCCGAGAGUGAUGAGGGCGUGCCAGAAUAG